CCCGCCGUCUCCGCUAUCAGCACGCGUGUAGCCCUGCAGCGAGGAAUCACCACACACACACACACGCAGAGAGACAGAGAAGAGGAGGGAGAUGUCGCCGCAGUCUCAGCAGCAGACGGCGAUAGUCGGGGAGGAGUACUGCGAGGGCGAGGACAGGGAGCUGACGGUGCGCAAGACGACGCUCUUCACCCCGGGGGACGGGCUGGAGGCGUACGACCACCGCACGGGCGCGCUGGCGUUCCGCGUCGAGACGUACGGCCGCGGCGGGGCGUGCGGGGGCGGGGCCGCCAGGGGGGACCUCGCGCUGCUGGGCGCCCAGGGGGAGCCCGUCCUCACGGUGCGCCGCCGCCGCCCCAGCCUGCACAACCGCUGGGACGGCUUCCUCGGCGACGGCGCCGCGCACGGCCAGAAGAAGCCCGUCUUCUCCGCGCGCCGCUCCUCCAUCCUCGGCGCCGGCACGGGCGCCGCCGCCGUCCUCGUCGACCUCCUCGCCCCCGGCGCCGCCGGGGAGUUCCGCGUCGACGGCUCCUUCCCGCGCCGCUGCUGCCGCGUCGUGGCCUCCGCCAGGGCCUGGGCCGCGCCCGUCGCCAAGGAGGAGGAGGAGGAGGAGGAGGAGGACGUGGUGGUGGCGGAGGUCAGGCGGAAGGUGGACGAGGACGCGCACGUCAUGAUGGGCCGGGACGUCUUCGUGCUCUGGGUGCGCGCCGGCUUCGACGCCGCCUUCGCCAUGGGGAUCGUGCUCGUGCUCGACCGGAUCACCGGGGAUGACGUCGACGGCGACCUGCGGGAGGACCUGCUCGAGGCCGCUACAUCGCCGCCGGCGUAAGCACGCGGGACCGACCUCCCGCUCGCGUGGGGCGUGGCUUCAGUACAAUUCCACAAACAAUUUUCUCAUGGUUCUUCGAUCCGAUGUACUUUACCUUCGAGCAUGAUGUGAAUUAUCUUCUCAAUUCCGUGCUGUUUCCCCCCUUCCAAUCUGAUGCUUGACAUUGGAUCAC